UCGAUAAAAAUACAAACAAUACACAUUAAUACUAAUAAUCCGAAGGAAAUUCACACUCGCCACUUGCACGCUUGUUCGUGGUAUUCAAUCCAAAAGUAGUUCACAAUGCCCAUUCCCACGAUGGACAAGGCCUGUUUGGCGCCGCCGGGCCACGUUAGGUUCUUAGACAAUCGUCGGGAAGUGCCAGGGAAACGCAAGAUAUUUCCGGUAGUGGUGACGGCGAAACGCUUCGAGGCCAUUAUGGGCAGGUCUCGCAUGGAUAAAAAGCAUGCAGCUGCGGCACAGAAGGAGGAGGAUGAGCGCUAUAUGAAGUACCUGCAGGAGGGCAGCGACUGGCUCUGUAAGCACUUUACAAACGUUGGGGCCCAGUCGCUGGAUGAGGAGAAGCAAGCGAAACUUGACCAGGAGCUGAGGGAGGGCGAGAUCAGGGCGAAGCAAGUGAAGAUGGAGGACGAUCUGAACCGCAAAAAGCGCAUAAUAAGAGCCAACCGGAUUUUGGAGGACCUGAAGGCGGGCCAGCGGGCAUUGCACCACGCCGUGGUCGAGAGUCAGGUGGUGCAUGAGCGGCAGUACAACGAGGCCGUCAAUCGCGAGAUCGCCGAGGAUGCCAGGCGAGAAAUAGCCAGGCAGGACGCGAUCUGCCCGGAGACCCUAAUUCCCUUCAGCACCAUCACGGAGGAGGAGGUGAAAGCUGAGGAGGCCGCGCGGGCGAUUCGAGUGCGGGAGGAGUUCCUCAAGGAUCUGGCGGAGAGACGUGAAAGGAAAUUGGCCCAAGAGGAGCAGGAGCUCUGCGACACGCUGAUCGAGCGCGCCCAGUACCAAUGCCUGUACGAAAAGGAGAAGAAGGAGCAGGCCGAGCGGAAGGCGAAGAAGCGCGAGUUCUGCCGGCGUGCCUAUCGAGAUGCGCUGAAGGAGAAAGCCAGGAUCCGAGAAUACGAGCGCAUUCGCGAACAGAUCAACGAUCGGGUCAUUUGCGUCGAUGUGACCCGGCGCCGCAAUCUGGACAAGCGCUACAACGUGGAGUAUAAGAAAGCAAUAGCGGCGAAGAUCAAGGAGCGGGCAAAAGUGGCCCAAGAGCUCGGCGAGAUGAUGAGGGAGAACGAGUGCAGGGAGAAGGCAUACCAGACGGAACUGGUCGAUCGCUACCAGGCCGAGGUCGAAAUGGACGAGGGACGGCGUCAGUGCGAGAAGGACGAGCUCGCCCGCCAGCGUCGCGCCUACGAGCGUGAGGACCGCCUCCAGGCCGAGGCACGGCGUCAGCGCGAGGCGCAGAUCCAUCGCUUCGAGGUCGCUGAGCGCUUCAAGAACAUGGAGACGAACAGACGAUUCUACGCGAGCGAGAAACGAAAGCGGGAUCAGGCCACGGCCAAUCUGCGGAAGGUGCUCUUUGGGCAGCGGGACGAGUUCCUGGCGCGUCGCAUGGCGGAGAAAAUGCGUGUGUCGUCGUGCCAGGCGGAUCCGUACAUCAAGGACGACGUGAUAUUCUUCGACGAUGCGGCCAAGGCCGUUGUGGAGGCCUACGAGGAGGGAAAGAUCAUGUAUCCGAUGGCCAAGGCUGCUGAGAUUUAUCGCCGUCAGAACCAGAUCGGCCACGUGCCCGAGGGCCGGAUGGUGGGCCGGAGCAAGCUGCGUGACUAUUGCUGGCCCGGCUACCACUCCAAGGCGGACCUCGCCUACAAAAACUACGAGGCACGCGAGCAAUGCCGCCAGGAGCUGGACACGGAGCGCCAGAAGAUCCUCGACAAUUGCAUUACAAUCACAAAGCUGGCGUCCAAGGAGCGACCGUACCAGAAAUGCGAAAUGGAAUGCCCCCAGAAGUGCUUCCAGUAUCGCGGCAUGCCCGCAAUUCAGAGCAUGGACUCCUUCGACUCGCCGAGCAAUUUCAUGUGCGAGGAGGAGCCCGUGACUCAGGGUGGCCCCUGUCCAGCCAAUAUUGAGGUGAUGACGAGCUGCGACGAGAAGGAGGCGCAAACCAGACCCAAAAACUUCAACAAUCCGCCGCCCGUCUGUGUGGCGAGAGUGCCCUCAGUGCAGUCGGCUGACCAAAAGACUCUAUCGCGCCUCGCCUCCGAGUACAAGCCGCCGCCCGAGCCUGACUGCAAAGACGCCAAGCAGAAGGCUCCGCUGCGCAAGAGAGUUUGGCGCUAAUACGAUUUCCACGAUUG